CUGAACGAGCUUUGGAUACUAUGAAUUUUGAUGUCAUCAAAGGCAAACCGGUGCGCAUUAUGUGGUCCCAGCGUGAUCCAUCUCUACGCAAAAGUGGCGUAGGAAACAUCUUCAUCAAAAACUUGGACAAAUCAAUUGAUAACAAAGCUUUGUAUGACACAUUUUCUGCUUUUGGAAACAUCCUUUCUUGUAAGGUGGUAUGUGAUGAAAAUGGAUCCAAGGGUUAUGGAUUUGUACAUUUUGAGACACAAGAAGCUGCAGAAAGAGCUAUUGAAAAAAUGAAUGGUAUGCUGCUUAAUGACCGCAAAGUAUUCGUUGGAAGGUUUAAAUCCCGCAAGGAACGUGAGGCAGAGCUUGGAGCCAGAGCAAAGGAAUUCACCAAUGUUUACAUCAAGAAUUUUGGAGAAGACAUGGAUGAUGAGAGACUUAAGGAACUCUUUGGCAAGUUUGGUCCUGCCUUAAGUGUGAAAGUUAUGACUGAUGAGAGUGGAAAAUCCAAGGGCUUUGGCUUCGUUAGUUUUGAAAGACAUGAAGAUGCCCAAAAAGCUGUAGAUGAGAUGAAUGGAAAAGAGCUCAAUGGGAAACAAAUCUAUGUUGGACGGGCUCAGAAAAAAGUGGAAAGACAGACGGAGCUGAAGCGUAAAUUUGAGCAAAUGAAGCAGGACAGGAUCACCAGAUACCAGGGUGUAAACCUUUACGUGAAAAAUCUCGAUGAUGGAAUUGAUGAUGAACGUCUUCGAAAAGAAUUCUCCCCAUUUGGUACAAUCACUAGUGCAAAGGUCAUGAUGGAAGGUGGACGCAGCAAAGGAUUUGGCUUUGUCUGCUUUUCAUCACCAGAAGAAGCCACCAAAGCAGUCACAGAGAUGAACGGUAGAAUUGUGGCUACUAAACCAUUAUACGUAGCUCUAGCCCAGCGUAAAGAAGAGCGCCAGGCUCAUCUCACCAACCAGUAUAUGCAGAGAAUGGCAAGUGUAAGAGCAGUCCCUAAUCCAGUAAUCAACCCCUACCAACCAGCACCUCCUUCAGGUUACUUCAUGGCAGCUAUCCCACAGACUCAGAACCGUGCUGCAUACUAUCCUACUAACCAACUUGCUCAACUUGCUAGACCUAGUCCUCGCUGGACUGCUCAGGGUGCCAGACCUCAUCCAUUCCAAAACAUGCCUGGUGCUAUCCGCCCGGCAGCUCCCAGACCACCAUUUAGUACCAUGAGACCGGCUUCUUCACAAGUACCACGAGUCAUGUCAACGCAACGUGUUGCUAAUACGUCAACACAAACAAUGGGUCCACGUCCUGCAGCAGCAGCUACUGCAGCUACUCCUGCUGUACGCACAGUACCACAGUACAAAUACGCUGCAGGUGUUCGCAAUCCUCAGCAGCAUCUUAAUACACAGCCACAGGUUGCCAUGCAGCAGCCUGCUGUCCAUGUGCAAGGUCAGGAACCCUUGACUGCUUCCAUGUUGGCUUCUGCCCCUCCACAAGAACAAAAGCAGAUGUUAGGUGAACGUCUAUUUCCUCUUAUUCAAAGCAUGCACCCUACUCUGGCGGGUAAGAUCACUGGUAUGUUGUUGGAGAUUGACAACUCUGAACUCCUUCACAUGCUCGAGUCUCCUGAGUCUCUUCGUUCGAAGGUUGAUGAAGCUGUAGCCGUACUACAAGCCCACCAAGCUAAAGAAGCUGCUCAAAAGGCAGUUAAUAACCCUACUGGGGUUCCAAGUGUUUAAUAAAAAGAUCCGGGAACUACAAUCUAGAACUUCGCUUCACCGAAGAAAAAAAAAAUUUAAACAUGGAAAAACUAUUAAAUAUUGAGAAAAACAUUGCAAAAUAUAAAAUGAAUAAAAAAAGGAAAGGAAACUUUGAAGCUAAUGUACAGAGCAAUGCCGGGGCUAGUAAAACAAAUGCUAGUCCUAGAUUACUUAUUGAUUUAAAAUUAAAAAAAAAUAGUAAAAUAAAAAAUACAAAUUAAUGUUUUAUAAACCCGGGGGAAAAGAAUUUUCAGCACAGUACAAAAAUUUAAAGCAUUCCUUUCUUUAAUUUUGUAAUUCUUUACUGUGGAAAAGCUCAGAAUAUCACCACUGUUUUAGUUGACAGUGGGAAUUGAUAGCUGAGCAAAGAAACGUAAUUUGGAUUAUAAAAUUCUUCGUUUAAUAAAAAUUCCUUAAACACUGA